CCACUCAGUCCAAAAUCUAGCAAAAAGAUGCAGCAAUCCCGAUUGCUCGUAGUGGGUCGCAGACUACUGCUCAGAGCUCCUCCGUCUUCCCCUGCCAGAGGAUUUUCCUCCGGUGGCCGCACCGCCGACCCAGAUGUUUUCUCAAAACAGAGGGACCGCGAGGUUCAGCCCGCAGUUCCCUCCGGACAGCCGGAGGAAACGAGAGACCACGUGGAACCCGACAACGCGAAAAGGGAGGAGAAGGAGCCGGAGCACCGGCCCACUUCGGAGACCGACCCGCUGUCCCCGCCGCGGCCACCUCACGCAUCUUACACCAGGCUGGAAAGCGUUGGGGUCCACAACCCGGCAGAACCACACGCCCAGCAGAAGCGGAGCAAGUACAGGUACACGUCAUCAUCAGCCGCCACCUCAGCAGCGGAUCGAAGCCAGCUGGACGGCGUGACCUGUACCGGGAUAUCGCCCUGGCCGGAGGAGGAGGCGGAGGAGAAGGGGAAGGAACAGAGCAAGGCGGAGGCGGCAGAAGACGACAGGGAGUACUUCGAGCACCACAAGGCGUCCCCUCUCUCGGAGAUCGAGUUCGCCGACACGCGGAAGCCGAUCACGAGGGAGACCGACGACACCGCGGACGCCGAGAGCCGUGGCGCUGACGUGGUUGGGUGGGUCCCGGAGCAGAGCGAGACGGCGGAGGAGACGAUGAUGAGGGCGAGUUGGUAUUGGCGGGAGAGGGCGGCGCGUGGGGAUCCGGAUACCCCGCACGGCCGCGUUUUGAGGGCUCUCCGUCGAGAGUGGUUUUAAUGUUGUGUAAUGUAACACAAUCUGAUUUCUGGAUGUGUCUUUACAGCUUUGCUUUGUAAUGGUUUGACAGUCCGAUUCUGUUAUGCACGUAAGGUCCCUGCUGGUUCAGCUG